CCAGGCGGCGGAGGGUUCGGGUGAAGUAGCGGCGGGCUGCGGAGGUGCUAUGAUCAGCUCGGAGGGUCUGCGGCCGGCCAUGAACGGCAGGAAGCUGCUGGGGAAGCUGGCCACCCGGCUGGAGGAGGUGAAGAACCCGUGGCGGCAGGUCUCCACGCUGGAGCUGAGCCACAACGAGGUGGCGCGGCUGGCCACCGACGCGCUGCUGGAGCACGGAGAGAAGGAGUACCGGCGAGUGCUGCACGAGGAACGGGAGCUCAACUUUCUGUCCACGCUGGAGAUCCGCUACAUCAGCCAGUACGCCGCCAAGACCGGCGGCUCGGACGGAACCGGACCCAACGACCGGGACUUCGGGGAUGGAGACGACGUGUCCGAGCUGACCUCCGGGACUUACUUCCCCAUGAUGUCCGACGAGGAGCCGCCGCUGCUGGAGCUCGGCUGGCCGGAGUCCCAGGGGAGGUGCGGCCCCUCGGAGACCCAGAUCUACUUCCAGAGAGACAAAUCUCACAACGUCAAAGACCUCAUCAGGUCCCUGAUCAACAAAGCCAAGAAGGUUAUAGCCAUCGUGAUGGACGUGUUUACCGACGUGGACCUGCUGUGUGACCUUAUGGAGGCCUCCAAUAAGCGCAGGGUUCCUGUCUAUAUCCUGCUUGAUGAGAAGAACCUAAGCUACUUCACUGACAUGUGCGCCACACUUGAUAUCCAGAACUCGCACCUGAGCUACAUGCGCAUUCGCAGUGUGUGCGGUGACACUUACUGCACAAAGAGCGGAAAGAAGUUCACCGGUCAGGUCCUGGAGAAGUUUAUGAUCAUUGACUGUGAGGAGGUCAUUGCUGGGUCAUACAGCUUCACCUGGUUGUCUGCUCAGGUGCAUAGCAACAUGGUGAUGCAUUUCUCAGGUGGAAUCACUGACAGCUUCGACCGGGAGUUCCGCUGCCUGUACGCAGACUCACAGAUCAUAGAGUGUUUCCACAACCCAGAUGAAGACGGAACGCCGUACUACCCAUCAUACCAACACAUGAUGCCUGCUGUCGUGGGGGCAGGUCCCGGUCUGAGUCUGGAUUUACUGUCUGACAGGCAGAGGGAUAGGACUAGUUCGGAAAACUCCAGCAGCCAAUCAAGUAACAGUGUGUCCAGUGUGAAGGCUGCGCCUGGAAUGGCCUCAAAUACUGUCUACAAGGUCACUCAAGGUCACGAUUUAAAGGAGCCCAACAACAACGCUCAUCUCAGCCCAGACAGGCGAGGCGGAGAACGUGAGCGAGGACAAACCGCGGUGCCUCAGAGUGCCAACAGUGCAGCCAAUCACAGCGUGGGUCCAGAACAUCCAUCUGCGACCUACGGUCAGCCAAAGGGCAUCGAGUGGAACAAGCCCAAUCCAGCAGACAUCAUGCGUUCAAAUUUAGGGGGAACUGCUUCAAAAUUCCAGGCACUGGGUUUGUACGAACACAAGCCGGGAAUGUUCCACAGCAGCGGGCUCAACGCCGGCACCCCCGACUCAAACAUAACCCUCAAGAACCGGUCCACCUCACCUGUCAGUGACAGUAAAGUCGCCCCCAAGCACAGGACUCCAUCAAAUCAGAUCUUCAGUAAACUGACGGACCGCUUCUUGACCCCAACCACCAAAGAGAAAGACCCAUACAUGACCCGGAGGUCUCCAUCCCCCCUCAGCUCCACACCUUGGGGAGGGCCAGACCUCUCUCAAACAGAGCCGGAGAGCCAGCAGAGCCCUCCACCGCCGCCCAGUCCGGGAGUUUUUAUCAGUCGGCAGGACCAGAAACGAAUGACACUUGGCCACAGCAAGCUGGACCUGGUCAACCAAUACAACAAGAAAAAGCAGGUGUACAGCCGCUUCGAGCUCAAGAGCAGCAAUUAACCUGGGACGGCUCAGUCUGGACUCACCUCAGUUCUGGCCUCUUCUUGUCAGUCGGAGGACGUCGGCCACACAUCAUCGUGGUGUGCGCAUGGACUGUGGUGGCUUAAAUCUGUGUAUCUCUCCACUGUGUUGCCUGACAGCGCUGACCCGGAACCCUGCCCUUUAUUUCCCAGCGCUGACUAUGUUUGCGG